CGAAAUUACGUCCAAUUCAGAUCACAUACAAGCGGUCCUUUCAUUUUAGCGUUAGUUGCUAAAGGUGAAUCAUGUCGACCGCGUACAAAAAUAACCCGGCUGUGGCGAAUUUCGUUGAAUAUUUGAGAAUACCAUCGGUACAGCCGAACAUCGAUUACGAUGAAUGCGUUAACUUCUUAAAGAGACAAGCGAAUGAAAUAGGUUUGGACUUCAAAGUGUACGAAGUGGUACCUCUAAAGCCUAUCGUGGUUUUAACAUGGAAUGGGAAGGAGCCUACCCUGCCGGCUAUACUGCUGAACUCUCAUAUGGACGUCGUUCCUGUGUUCGAAAACAGCUGGACUUAUCCACCGUUCAGCGGACAUAUCGAUGAAGACGGGAAAAUCUUCGCUCGCGGCUCACAAGAUAUGAAAUGUGUCGGUAUUCAAUAUCUGGAAGCGAUAAGAAAAAUAAAACAAGCUGGCGUGCAACUGAAAAGAACUCUUCAUAUUUCUUUUGUGCCAGAUGAGGAGAUCGGAGGCCAUGACGGCAUGGAAAAGUUCGUUUUAACAGAUGAAUUUAGAGCGUUGAACAUUGGUUUCGCGUUGGAUGAAGGAAUGGCUAAUCCCACUGAUGAAUUCAUAAUAUUCAAUGGCGAGAGAAGCAUUUGGCAAAUGCACAUCCACUGCACUGGGCAACCAGGCCACGGGUCUUUGUUGAUACCGAAUACAGCCGGUGAAAAGUUACGAUAUAUUAUCGAUAAAUUUAUGGAUCUAAGGGAGGAACAGAAGAAAAUACUAGAAAGUGAUAACAAACUUACUAUUGGUGAUGUGACUACUGUUAACUUAACGCAAAUAUCGGGGGGUGUUCAGUCCAAUGUGGUGCCUGAAAAGCUGACAGUGGUAUUUGAUGUCCGUUUAGCUGUUACUGUUGACCACGAACAAUUCGAAAAUAAGAUAACUAGAUGGUGCAAAGAAGCAGGUGAUGGCGUAACGUUUGAAUUUGAGCAGAAAAAUCCGAACGUGGAGUGCACUAAGUUGGACAACUCGAAUCCUUAUUGGAUCGCAUUCAAAGGGGUCUGCGAUGAAUUGGACCUGAAGUUGGAUUGCAGAAUAUUCCCAGGAGGCACUGACAGUAGAUAUGUUCGGCGCGUCGGCAUCCCCGCUAUAGGAUUCUCACCAAUGAACAACACGCCCGUCCUCCUCCACGAUCACGAUGAGUUCUUGCGAGCUGAUGUCUAUUUAAGGGGAAUCGAGAUAUACGAGAAAUUGUUACCCGCAGUUGCUAAUGUUUAAAUCAUUAAUUAUAUAAUAUACACUUGU